AGGUGCGAACACUGUUCGUCAGUGGGCUUCCAAUGGACGCCAAACCGAGAGAACUGUAUCUUCUAUUCAGAGCAUAUGAGGGAUAUGAAGGAUCUUUACUGAAGGUAACCAGCAAGAACGGAAAAACAGCUUCGCCUGUAGGCUUUGUGACGUUCAACACCCGAGCAGGAGCCGAAGCCGCUAAGCAGGACCUACAGCAGGGGGUCCGUUUCGACCCGGAUAUGCCGCAGACGAUCAGGCUGGAGUUCGCGAAAAGCAACACCAAGGUCAGCAAGCCCAAGCAGCCCUCAGCAAGUCUCACCAACUCACACCCGACUCUCAUGCACCCACUCACUGGACACUUGGGUGGGCCAUUCUUCACUGGUGGACCCGAGCUAUGGCCUCACCCCCUAGCUUAUGCUGCUGAACUACCCGGAACUGCUCUCCAGCACGCUACACUGGUACAUCCAGCUCUUCAUCCCCAGGUCCCAGCACUCCAGAUGGGAGGUGCAGCGCCGCCAUUGACGCACUCACUCCCUCACUUUCUACCAUCUCCAGCGCUAGCCUCUCCAGUUGCAUCUUCUCCAACUCCAGCCGGCACAAUGCCUAAUAAUGGGCCCUGCUCUACAUUGUUUGUCGCAAAUCUUGGCCAAUUUGUUUCAGAGCAUGAACUUAAGGAAAUAUUUAGCAGGGAUCCAGUAGGAUCGAAGAAAAUGGACAGGUUUAAUUACAAUUACAUGCCAUCAGCACAACACAUUGCUAAUACCUGA